AUUGGUCACAAAGUCUGUGGAUAGCCCUGGAUGUAGGAGACUAUUAGUGUAUUCCCAGCCAGAAGCUCUUAAGAUUUUUCUUAUUCACAAUAUUGAUCAAUUGUGAAGAAAUCAAUACCAAUGCGCCAUCAUUACAAGGCAGUAAGGUCUAUAGCCAUUUCGUCAUGUGCAUCCAAAGGAGAGAUACGUGUUGAUUUCUUGGUGCAAUCUCUUUACUGUGUCGGGAGAACAUGGAUCACCAUUGUAACUGAAUAAUACUGUCAUCUCAUCAAGAUAGGAAAAGGCUUUAUUCUGGUCUUCCCUGGGCUAAUCUCUGAAUACGCUGGAUAUGCUGUUUUGUGUGAAUGUAUUUUUUGUCACUUAAACUGUUGGAUAGUGAAAUGUAGUGAUUAUAUGAUGCUAUUUCAAGGAGAAAUUGAAUUGCUAGGUGGUCAUUCUAUGGAAAGUUGCAGGAAGUAUUUUUGCUGGAAUGGAUUCGUGAUGGAAAAGAUUAAGCCAGAACAUUUCAUAGAUCAAUAAUUUAUGGUUUGCAUGUAUACAGUGGAAGUAACAAAUGUGCAAAUUGUCACAAAUUUUUCAAUAUGGCUAAUUUUGAGAGAAAGCUCCCAGUUCCAGAAGGAAGGAAAAAAGAGAAGAAACGCUCUUUCCUUCCAACUCCAAAAUCUUUCACUACAGACGUAGGCCAAGAACGUACUAAACAAUUUUCGCAACCGGAGAGAGAAAAACCAUACCUUCAAGUUGGAGACAAAGUCUGUAUUGGGGGAAUCAAACUUGGCGAAUUGCGCUAUUUUGGGAAAACGCAUAUUGCCACAGGAUUAUGGUGUGGAAUUGAGUUAUAUGAACCUGAAGGGAAACAUGAUGGUGAGGUGGAAGGAGUGAAAUAUUUUAUAUGUCGCCCUGGACAUGGAAUAUUUGCACCCGUUGACAAAGUGUCAAAAAUAGAACUUGUUCCUCAUGAUCUUCAUGGCGAUGUGAUAGAAGAAGAAACAGAAAUUCCACAGGAGGAUGUACCCGAACAGAAAACAACGGUCUCUAGACCACAGCGGCGUUUGCUACCUCAACCACAGAUUAAUCUGAGGAAAGAUUCCAAAGAAAAAAUUGCUGUUCCUUCUAAAAUUGAUGAACAGAUUGAAGAUUUUGAUGAAGUAGACUUUUUAGGUACAUCUGCUUCUCCGGAGUCUAUAGUGAUCCCAGGAAAAAGGUGUUUACCAAAGCUCAAUUCCAAAAUCAGACCACCAAGCUCAAAGCAUUUACCAGAACAUUAUAACGAACAGGUGUGUAAAUUGACUUCAAAAGAUUUAAAACAGAGUGCUAUUUAUACACCCGCUUCAAGUGCAGAUGCUUUAAAUGAAAAUAAGAUUUUAAACAAAUGCAUACCUAAUGAAAAUAAUCUAACAAAGAUAGACACCUUUCCUCAACCAUCAGCUGAAGCACGGGUCUUGACCUAUUUCAAACCCAGCACUAGAUUACCUGGCCUUUCCAAACUUCCUCAAACACCCAUUACAAUUGUCACAGAAAAAACCAUGUCAGAGAAAGAGUUACCCACUGAGACAAAGGAUACUGGAAAAAAUGGGAACAGAAUCCUUGUGAGUGGGAAUUUGAACAAGACUUACAAUUUAGGUGAAAUACAAACACCCCAUACAGAUAUUCAUUCUACCACACAAAGUAGUGGGGAUGACUCUCUGAGUGGGGAAGUUCAAGAAUGCCUAUCAUCUGAUCACCGGCAUUUCCUUAACUUGACCUUUGACAUGGAAGGUGGUGGUUCACCCCCUCAACCUACCAGUUCUACCCAAAGUCCUGAGAAGGGGUCUGAUGGCCUUCACCCAUCAUCCCAUGCUGAUGGCACUUUUGAUAUCAGUCAUAAUUCUAGUCUAGGGGUGUUGGAGGUUCAUGAUUCUCAAUUUGAUACCGAUUUGUUGCAGGAAAACACAGACAAUGUGUUGGAUGAUGAGAAAAAGUCCUUAUUAAAUCUUACUGAUAUAGAGAAGUUGUCCAAGGUUUCAGUUUUGGUCAGAAGUCAAGACCGUGUGGCAUCACUGGGGGAUACCUUUGAGGCUGGAAAUGCAGUUACCUCAACUCCAGUUGUUUCUUGUGGAAAACCCAAAUCCAGUUUAUCAAGUUUUAAUGAUUUGUCAAAAGAAAGUCAGUCCAAAGAGCAGAAAGCACAGAGUGAGGAUGUGAAAUUGAGUGUCCCUCUGAACUUUGAUUUGAAUGCAACAUAUAAGAUAGGUGACGGAAGGACUGUGGAAAUACUGGGUACAGAUACUCUGGACUGGAGGCAGGAAGCUUCAGAUGGUGAGGAACAUUCUGCAAGUUCUGAAGAUGGUCUCGAAAACCAAGUUAACACAACACAAGACCAGAAUCAAUUAAGGGCAGCACAGAAAAAGGUAGAAAGACAUAUGGACACGUUGACUGACAAACUCACAGAUUUUGGAGUUGCCUCUGAUCAUGCUUCUCUGAGUGCACCCAAACCAAAGCUACCCAUGGUUGAUUCUGGAAUCUCAGAGCAAGGAGAUAUAUUGACGCUGGAACAGGGUAGAAUGGCUGAUUCAUGUGAGAUGAGACAGUCCUUGACAGAGGAGAAACAAAACUUGUACAAACUUCUGGAGGAAAGAGAAGAAAUUCAAUUACAUGCUGACCUGAUUGCUGGACAUUUGAAGAAGGAGCGACCCUUGUCUCUUGUGUCCUCCAUUAGUGCUGAUACCGGCUAUGCCCCAGACACUGACUCGGAACGAGGAACCCUGACCAUUAAUUCCCCUCAGGAUUGGGCCGUGAAAAUGGCACAGUCCUCCGAUUCCAUGGCUGGACUGGAACUCACUGAUCUUGACACUGCUUAUGCACAAUCCUUUAAGAAUUUUCACUCAGCUGUCUUGAGAGGGGCAGGGCAAGUGUUGGAGGAAAGUGAUUCCGAUAUCUGUAGUGAUGCUGGCACGAUUUUAGCAGACAAUAAUGACUUGGGGAAGGAAGACUCUGAAUUGGAGAACAUGUCAAACCUGUUAACAGACAUAAAAGGAAUCUCUGCUGAUGAUAUUUUACCCCUGGAUAGUAAGGAUAAAGAAACAGAGCCUGCAGCAACAGGGGUUGAUGUUUCACAGGGAAUGUCAGAUGCAAUAAUUGAAGAUGAGCGGAUAGAAGCUGACCAGCAACUGGACAAACUAAAUGUGACUGUAGACAUUGUUAGGGAGAGUUUGGUUGAGGAUGUGGAGGAGAGGGGAGGGGAACAGGAGGAGGAGAAUGAGGUAACGGUCAAAGAAGUAUCUGAGGAAGAGAGUGCUAAUGAGGGCAGUGUGACUACCGAGGACACAAUAUCUCAGAGGAGAGACAUAAGAAAGAAGAGAAGAGAGAUUGAAAAAACAGAGCACAAGAAACCCAACAUUAAAGUGGGAUCACGUCUAGCAGACUAUAUCAAAGCACCAGUUCCUGUGAAACCUAAGGAUGAGAAUACUGAGGCUGCCAAAAAUAAGCGUAACAUGGGACCAAAAUUAAAGGCAGCAAAAUCAAGUGAUGCAAAAGUUAAAGGGGGGAAGGAUAAUGGGACUGAAGAAAAAAGAAAAAAAGAGAAAAUGGAAAAAGAGCCACCCAAGAUAAUAAAAAGGUCACCUCCCAAGAGUAAAUGGGAUAGUAUAAUGUCACAAAUUGAAGCUGAAAAAACUGUGGUCAAGCCUAAAGCUGAGGUGAAAAGCAAACUAGAGGCUUACCUUAGCACACCCCCACCACCUUCUAAAAAAGAGGUGGUACCUAAAGAAAAACCCAAGAAAAAACUUCCUAGUCUACCCACCCCAGAUUUUAGCAAAGUGAAAAGUAAACUGAAUUUGGGAGCACCUGUUGCCCUGAUUAGGAGGGAGUCAUCUCCAGCAGCUGGUAAGAAGGACUCUCCCAGGGGCAAUGUAAGUGGGGAUGUAUUGAGGAGACUGUCUUCUGUGGCUUCAAAUGGGAGUUCCAAUGCUCCCAAGCUGGAUUUGAAUGACUCGGUUGGCAGCAGUGUUCUUGGAUCAGCUAUCAGCUCUGUCCGGAGCAGUCAGUCGGAUCUUGCUGGAGUGGAUGGUGGAGGGGAAUCCAGUGUUCCGAGCACUCACAGAAUGCUACAGAAACCUUCCAAUAAAACUUUGAGUAAAAUUUCUAGCCUUCAGGACCGUGAGAGGAGGGACAGUACAUCCAGCACCAUGUCGACAGCUUCUCAGGGAUCUGUAAAGGCCUUGAAUGCAAAGAAUACAAAGCUCUCUGAUAUUGGGGUACCAAGGCGAAAAUCAGUCCCAGUAAAAGGCAAUAUACCUCCUGUCAGCUCCUCUGUCAGAAGAACCUCACAGGUUUCUAGGAGCCUGGACUCUUCUCCUGCUAACAGACCUCUUAAAAAUACUAACCUUCCUGGUGACAGGGCUAAAAUCAGUUCACAGCAAGAAAAUAGAAUCACGAGCAAGAAAGACAACAAAAAAUCAAAGGGAGAUAACAAGCCCAAAACUCCACCAUCAACUAAAAACUUCAACAACCAAAACAGAAAUAAGACAAAAACAAAGAACAACCAGAAACCAGCCAAUCAGCAGUCAGAUGUCAUCAGCCUCCACACCAAACAGGAAGUCACCCGUCUGGAGGCACUCUGUGAGAGUCGAACAAAGGAACUCAACUAUGCCAGGCUGCAGAUGAAAAGCAACCUACAGGCUUUCGAUGCUAUGACAGUGAUGGUGCAAUAUCUCUCUCAAGAUUUGGAUGCCUUUUCGAAUCCAAAGUUGUCUUCCCAAGUUAGAAGUCUGCAAACACAACUUGAAGAAACAAAGAAAGAAAUUGAGGAACUUCAAGCACAGAGGGGUAAAUUAGAUGAAAGUAUAUUGCAACUGGAUAAAGACCAUUUGGACCAAAUGAAAGCCCUCAAAGUGGAAUAUGAGAAGCAGAUAUCCUGGGAAAAAGAAAAACAUGAGGAUAACUUGUCUAAUUACAGACAGCUAGCUGAGGAAUAUCACAGAAAAGAAAUAAACCAGAUAAAAUCUUCUCAUGAUGAAACUAUUUCUGAAAUAAAAUCCGACAAUUCUUUGGUAAUUCAAAAGCUUAAAAGCACUCAGGAAGAUGACAUUUCUGCACUCAGGAAUAAACAUGAGGAACAAAUGGAAGAGCUUCACAAACAACACAGAGACAGACUUGAAGAAAUAACACACAGAUUUGAAAAUAUAAAAAUGGGACUGUCAGAAAAAGUGGAGACCCUCCGUGGUGAGUGUGAUGACCUAAGAACUAGAGCACGGACCAGUGAAGAUGCUCUGUUGCGUGACUCUGAUGUCAGAGUUCAGAUGGCUCUAGCACCCUACAAAAACUUGCCACAAGAAAUUGAAAGUUUGAAACUUGUCAUAGAAAUCAGGAAUGAAGAAAUACAGAAGCUGAGAAAUAGAAAUAUUGACCUAGAAAAACAGUCGGAAGAACUUCGAAAUGCUAAAGAGAAAAUAAUUGCACAGCAGCAAAAGAUAGAAAACUUGGAGGCCAUUAUCAGCAUGAAGACUGAUCAUGAAAAGCAACUUCAUGACAAAUGUCAGAUGCUAAUGAGAAAAUGUGACAAGGAGACAAAGGCCAACAAAAGACUGUCAAUGGAUUUUGAGGAACUGAUAUACAAAGUGAACUUGGCAGACCCAGGAUCAUUGGAGAAUCUGUCCAAACUGGGAGGUUCCCCUUGUCACAGUGAGAACAGUUCCCCUGCAAUGAGGAGAAAAGCUAGAUCACCAGCAUUUGGUGAUUUAGACAAAUCCCCAGCAAGUCAUGUGUACAGAAGAUCCAUUUCUUCAGUAGAAUCCUCUGCCGAAAAGAAAAUGAAAAGACGUUCAGCUAACUUCCUGUAUGAGAAGGACCGCACUUCUCCCACAGGAAGCCCCCGGCACAGAAUGAAAACUUAUUCAGACUCUUGUUCACCUACACGUGGUCUGCAAAUUCAUUCAGAAGAUGACAGGAUGGUGCAUUCUUGUGAGGAGGUACCAAUAGACCAUGUCAGUGAGAACGGAGCUCGUCUCAUCCAGUCCUGUAAUGAUGCUGAUGUGUUUGAAGUACCUCAGGGCCUCCCUGCACCAGUGACACCUGAUAAUUUAAAGCAAAUAACAGAGGACAUUGUCCAAAUUAGCAAAAAUAGCAAUGAAACAAAACCUGAACUUGUGUCACCAAACAGUUGUCUAUCUCCUGACAUUCGGGGACAAAAAGGAUUAGACCUAGAAGAAUUUGAAGGUGAAAGUCUACACAUAGAGGAAACCAAGGAGGACACAUCUGACCUGUCUCAUUCUACUGAAUCCUACUGUCCUUCUGAAGUAACCUCUGGAACUGGAAGCUUGAUUUGGGAUUAUGAAAAAAUGGAUUCCAUGAAGUCUAUGGACUCCAGUCAGACUAGCCAGACCAGUGACUCCAUGAUGGACAGUUCCACCCUGACAGACAAUCGAGUGGACAACAAUACUCUCACCAACAUCAAAGACUUGACCAAUGAGGAAAGUGACACAAGUUCUGGCUUUGUGGAAACUGGAGAAAGUCUAGUCACUACCACAAGUCCUUCAGGCACUCAAAAAGAAUCUAUUGUUUAAAUUUGAUGUUUUUGAAAUUGGAAUUUGCAACACUUUCAUAUUUUUCCAUUUUCUUUUGUUUAGGUUGUGGUAAUAGGUAUUGAUUAUUAAAGCUAUUGUGAGCAAGUUCUAGUCAAAAUUGCCACUUCAUCUCGUCAACUUAACUUCAGACUUUGAAAUUAUAUAUUAUCUACCUCGCGUAUGUAACAUCAAAUUUCUGUCACUCUGAAUUCAGGUACCAUUGAAUUCAAACCAGUACUUAAUAUUGUGAUAAAGAAAAGAUAACUAAAAUUCAAUGUACAUUCGUUCACAUUGAAAUAUCAUGAUUGGCUUCUGUGAUAAAAUUGAUGAUAUUGCUGUGAUUUUUGUUGGCAUAGCUUGGAAAGUACUGUGUAUUCAUUAACUGGUUUAAAUUUUGAAAUGAUAUUGUUGAAAAGUCUCAGUCCAUUUUGUCAAUGCUAAACAGUACAUAUGGACAGGAAAUUAGAGGUUAAAGAGAUGGAAAUGAUCAGAAAUCCAUAAACUUUUGAUCUCAAGGAACAACUUAUAUAUGGUAUGUGUUGUCUCUUUACAUCAUUAUUUACAUCAAGUUAUGUUAUAUUUUAGUAUUUUUGAGCUUGAUUCAUAUUUUUUCCUUUUCAUAUUUAUAUUAUGAAUAGGAACCAUCAGGAUUUAAUUAUUAUCUGUAAACAUAGUUUUUUGCCCAUUACUUUUGUCAUUUUGUCAUUUGCCAGGAUGUAAGGUAGCUUUUGCCAUUAUUCAGGCUGUUUAAAUAGUACUCGUUGUAUCAUUGUGAUUUUGAUUUGUUUGAACUGCACAGCCUUUUCACCAGUUAAACUGCCAUAGUUUCAUGCCAUUUCACAUGUUCUUAAAUAACCUUGUAUGUAUGUUUGAAGUUUCAUUUUAUCAAUGUCACAGUAUCAACAUUCACUCAGUUUCACAUGAAAACAACUGAAGCAUUUGACCCAAAAAGCAAUAUACGCAACAUAUGUACUGUUCUUUGAUCAGCAAGCCAUUAUAAAGGCAUGACUUAUCAUUGGUUUGUUUAUUAAGUUUAGUGAUGACUAAAUGAUUUGAUAGCCUAUUUUGACCUUGGGUCAUUUUAACAAAGAUACAAAAUAGAUUUUCUUUUAUCUUCAAUUGUUUUGAUACAAAGCAUUAGGAAGACUUCUUGAUUAUUUUUCACUUUUCAUAUUGUGUUAUGUUUUACUUUGUAGUAACAAUCUGAAUGCACAUAUUAAGAAUUCAUUAUGGUAAAAUCAUUCAAGUUACUGGGUGCUGUUUAUGGUAAGAGUGAGCGGCUUUUUCUCCAUUCAGAUUGACUGGAAUUAGUGAAGGUCAAAAUAGGUUAGCAUUUCAUUUCAUACUUGAGGAUAAGCAUUUUAAAAUGUCGGUAGAACUGUACAAACUAGUGUUGAUAUUGUGAUAUCUCUGUGUAGAAAUAUGAAUCAUUCCAUGUAACUAUUUAUUAAUGUUGUAAAAGCAAGUAAAUAUGUGUUCAGAUGACUUAAAUGCCAUCAGAUCUAAAUGAUAAAAAGUGCUUUCUACCUAG